UAUCUAUGUUACUGUUUGACACCUGUCAUAUUAUGCAUGUUUAUCAACUAGCCAUCAACUUGUCUUGAUUAGUUAUUAAUUAAGGAUGCGGUCUUGUUUUUCUUGUGGAUAUUGGUAUUUAAGUGAAAUAAUGUUAAAUAGGGGAACUAAAGUAUUUUUUUGAAACAGUGAUCCUAAUGUAUGUUAUAGUUUAAUUUCAUUUUAUCGUUAAUAAAAUUGGACAGUGAGUUUCACAAGUAAAUUGACUACUGAAAUCGUAAUUGUAUCCGAAAUGAAUUCAAGAAAUGAAAUUGAGUUAAAGAACUUUUUUAUUUUUAAUUCAACUUACUGUAUAAAAGAAGGAGAGGAGCAAAACAAAAUCUUAUUUUAUUUCCCUCCAACGGAAGAUUUAAAUACACAAAUAAACAAUGUCGGGUUGGUGGAGGCAAUAAUUAAAUUUACAGGAAAUUUCAAAUCUCAAUGUGACACCCGUUCGCUACACACUCUGAAAACGAGACAAUUGUAUUAUCAACCUGAGAAGAAUUUUUGGAUGACAAUGACUCUUAAUUUACCAUUCAAAGUUAAAAGUAAGGAGGAAGUAGAGCAGUUAGAUUAUAUGGAAGAUGAAAUACAAGAUGAAGUAUACAAUGCAGUACUAAAGCAAGCAUAUGAUUUAUACUACUUGUUUUUUGGAUCUUUUAGUGAUGGUUCUGGCAGUGAUACAAUAUUAUUAAAAAGUAAACUAAUGAAUCAUUUCAGUCCUUAUUUGAAAUCGAUAAAGUUAGCUCACUGUGAUAUUAUGAAUAUAUUUAAUGGUAUACAUUUUUUACCAUUAAAUAAACAAAACUUUUUGAAUGUGCAGUGUUUUAUUAAUUUACUGGAAUGUACCUAUAAGUUUAUUAAGUAUACAGCAGUUUUGUUUAAUGAUUGUUUGAUAUGGUGAGUUGUAUUUAUUCUUCUGACAGUAUUGUUGUUUUGCAAUUUCUUAAUUAAUAAUAAGCUAUAGUUAAUGGGGAGUAAAAGGAAAUACUGAGUAUUCAAAUAAAAAGCAAUAACUAUUUUGUUCAUAAAAAUUUGAUGCAGCUGUGAAUCAUUUUGGUAGAGAUGUAGGUAAAUAUUUGGCUUGAAUUCCGUAAAGGAACACCCUUGAACUGUCUUCAAAGUUUUACCACACUCCUUUAUAAAUUAGAUGUGUUACCUUAAAGGAUUUCUGGUAACAUGAACGAGAAGGAAUUAUAGCAUCAUUGCGGCUGCAGAUUAAAUACACAUAAGCUGAAUGCAUGGAUACUAGAAACAAAUUGACCAAAAAAUUAUGCCGUGUACCGUCGAGGAAGUGAUCACAAGUGAAGUUAGAAGUGUCAUGUGCUGUUAGCUGUAUCAAUUAUGGCUAUACAUAAUAAGAUUUAUCAUUUUAAUCAGCGAAACCGGCCGUAAUUUCUGAUUCAACCAUCAAUACAGCACAGCCUAUACAUUAUCUACAGCUUUAUGGUUUAUAUCAUAUGAGCAAUAUGAGUGACACAUCUGAGAAUGCAGACAACACUUGCUACACGUCACCCGAUAUGAAAGAGAAAGCGAAUCUCUGCACUGCAGAAUGAAUUGUUCAAUGUUUACAGCGCUCGUCCUAUAACCAUAGAAGUAUUAAAUCGAAUAUGUGAGGGGAUGGGAGAACUUUUAUGCACCCUAACCUAACUUACCUAACGUUAUAUACUUCGUUUAGUUUCUGUAGCGAUGUAACCUUCAGUUUGACUGGCGCAAAGUACAAAA